ACUACUCGUAUACUCACUGAUGUGAUGUCUUUGGUCUAGACGACUCAAACAUUAUCCGCUGGUUACACUAAUUAGCACACCAGCGCGUUAGUGUGCACGUGAGUAAUUUUGUCACGUGACACUGCGCACUUCACAACUACGUUGCAUCAUGGACGGCGACAGGCAACUUGAUCUAGACGAACAGAUCCUUCAGUAUAAAACUUACACCGUAAGACCGUGGAAACGUGGAGACCGAGAUGCUGCUACAGCCAUUGUGCAGACAUGUCGAGCAGAGUAUGACUUACCAUUUGAACCACAAGGGGAAGACAAGGAUAUUGCUAACGUGGAUGAAUAUUAUUGGAAGAAGAAACUAGGCGAAAUGUGGGUCGUUGAAGAGAACGACACAGGCAAAGUGAUCGGUACUGCCGGAUACUACAAGAUAUCAAUGGGUUGCAAUGCUGUGGAACUGAGAAAAAUGUUUCUACUGCCUCAUGCUAGAGGGAAAGGAUUAGGAAAGGCCAUUCUUGAGAGAUUAGAGAGACGAAUCAAAGAACGAGGAUAUGAGGAGAUCUACAUCCAGACGUGUACAGUGUUAAAAGAGGCAUGUCAGAUGUAUCAGACUGCUGGUUAUGUACAAACAACAAAUGAUCAACUGGCGUUGAAAUGUGACUUAAUGCUGAAGAAGUCGGUUGCAAGUGUAACUCUUUCAUGAUAGGAAUAG